CUUUUUUCUUGCUUGUGUGUAUUAUUUCACAACACAACGCUCGGAGAUAUCCGUCCAGGGUUGUGUUGGACCAUACAUAUGAUCAAUCCCUUGCGUCUGACAGGAAGGCUAUCCACUCCCGUAUGCUCUCUUACACCAUAGACACCUUCUUAACGUGGAAACCGGCUCUCUAGUUCGAUGACACAAACUCCACAAAAACGUCGACGAUCAUCUAGCCAGGAGCAUCAGGUGACCUUUUCCUGUCUCCUUGUAGAGUUCAGGAUCGAGAUUCAUAAAACACGCGUGGCACACUGCCACACUGCUCCAAGGUUGACAUCGAACAAGAGCAGUCAUAUCGCAGGGAGACUGGCGGCUACAAUAUCUCUUUCAUCAUAGUUGUUGAUCAAACCCGCAAACACGUGGAGUUGGCUUCGACGAAGGCAACCGGGCAUUCCGAGAGAAGCAAGAAUAGCAGACCGAGUGUGCGAGUCCAAACAAGGAGCCCCGAGUUAUCCCCUGGCCUCUCGGAUUUUUAUCUAUUAUUUCGCUCUACUUGCUCGGAUUUAACUUUCUGGUGGAAUGCAGUGGCAGGAAACGCCUGGCGACGGACAUGCUCCUGGUGAGCUGUAUGUAGGCUGGACACGGCUCCGAAAGUUGCAUUUCACUGAUGUGCGUCCAGGGCGGAGAUUGUGUCCGAUAUGCAGGCCGGAGGAAAGGAGAGAGCCACUUGGGCAGGUUCGAAACUCGGGCCUUUUCGUAUUGGCUCUGCAUCGUGCAUACCUUCAUCAGUGAAAAAGAUAUUUGUGACUUGCGGGGGAGCUAUCACCAACUUUCGCUGCCUCUCUCGCUUGCCAGGGCCGACCAGGAUCCCCGUGACAGAGGGGUCAACCCCGCAAAGAUGUUCCACCAAUGGUCUAGCCCUUUGCCGACCCCUGUGUGAGGUGCUCACAUGCUUUUGCAAAAUGCACAGAGCACACAGAACACACAUGGGAAAAAAGUGCGACGACAGUUCCAGGUUGUCCAACGAGGGGAAAAAAAGGGUGAGCCGAAACGAACAUUGCGCAUUGCAUUGCGACCGCCCCUGGAACGCCGUUACGGGGACUAAAACUACUACCUACCUGACCAGGUCUACACAACACACGCCCCUAAUGUGGCAGCAGCAAAUCUCGCGGUCGUGGUCGUGGUCAUGGACCGGCCGUCCCAGCUGUAUCAGCCAUACCAGCCGUAGCUGUAGUAGCAACAGCAACAAAGCCAAUCGAAGUAUUGUUCCCAUUGGGGCGCUGUCCGUCUACUACUCCCGCGCUCGGCUUAAACAGAGUUGUGAGAAUAGCUAGGGCCAGGCCUUAGAUGACGUACCCCUCCUGGUCUGUCAGCCUGCCCGCAUUCCGUCCCUCCAACCCCGCGCCGUCUCUCCUUUAUCAGUCCCGGCAGUACCACCCCCUACAGUGCCCCGUUCGGUACCGCAUUCAUAUCCUAUUCAUCCGCCAUAUCCUGUUAUCGCCCCCCCUCGACUCAAUCCUCUGCAGCAGAAGCGCCUUCGACCUUUUCACUCUACUGCCUGGUCGCCCCGGAAGAACAACAACACAUCAUCAUCAUCAACAACAACAACAACAGCACACAGCAUGGGUGACCUUGGCGACUUCAACCCCAUUCGCUUCGAAGAAGGCGGCAUGGUGAUAGACAUACCCACGCUGAACCUCGACUCCCUGAAGAAGCCCGAAGCAACCAUCACCCCUCUGUACCCCGACCACAUUCCCACCCUCGAGACGCCCAACUUACAUCCGCACCAUGAUAAACACCUGCCGCGGGGCAUUGAGGAGACACCUGAGGAACAGCGGCGCCACUGGUUUGUGGGCAGUAUCGACCAGGGAACAACGUCAUCUCGGUUCCUAAUAUUCAACGGAGAAGGCGACCCAGUUGCCAGUCACCAACUCGAGUUCGAGAACCUGUAUCCUAAAUCCGGAUGGCACGAGCACGAACCGUUGGAGCUUCUCGCCUCCGUGGAGGAAUGCAUCGAUGAGGCGAUGCGCAAGUUUGUCGAUCAGGGGUACCGAAAAUCAGACAUUCGGUCCAUUGGCAUCACCAAUCAAAGAGAAACGACAGUAGUAUGGGACAACAACACCGGCGAGCCCCUUUACAACGCCAUUGUCUGGCCCGAUACCAGAACCAAAGAUUUGGUGAGGGACCUCAAGUCCCGUGACCAGGCCGACACAUUGACAGACCUUUGUGGUCUGCCGCUAUCAACAUACCCCAGCAGUGUCAAGCUCAUGUGGCUCAUCGAAAAUGUCGAGGCCGUAAAACAAGCCUAUGAGGAGGGUCGCCUCGCCUUUGGAACAGUCGACUCAUGGCUGAUAUAUAAGCUCAACGGCGGGGCGAAGGCGGCAAAGCCCAUCCAUGUCACCGAUAGCACAAAUGCUAGCAGAACCAUGUUUAUGAACCUGCACACUCUCCAGUACGACGACAAUCUGCUCAAGUUCUUUGGUAUCGACAGAAGCAAGAUCCACCUUCCCAAGAUCGUUCCAUCAUCAGAUCCAUGUUGCUUUGGAAAAAUUGCCAAGGGCGCAUUGUCGGGAGUGCAGAUUGCUGGGUGCCUGGGAGACCAGUCUAGUGCGUUGGUCGGCCAGUGUGGUUUCAGUCCGGGUCAAGCCAAAAACACCUACGGCACCGGUUGCUUCUUACUCUACAACGUUGGUACCAAGCCGGUCAUUUCAAAAUAUGGUCUUUUGGCAACAGUCGCCUACGACUUUGGCGGUGGCCGCAAGCCCGUCUACGCCUUGGAGGGAAGCAUAGCCGUCGCCGGAUCCGGUGUCAAGUUCCUCAUGAACAACUUGGGAUUUGUUGACAAGUCAAGCGCCAUCACUGAGCUGGCCGAAUCAGUCGAGGAUAACGGCGGUGUUGUUUUUGUCACCGCUUUCAGUGGUCUGUUUGCCCCCUAUUGGAUUGAUGAUGCCAAGGGCACAAUUUUUGGCAUCACGCAACACACACAAAAAGGUCACAUUGCUCGGGCCACACUGGAAGCCACGUGUUUCCAGACGAAGGCCAUCUUGGACGCCAUGGAAAAGGACUCCAAUGCCAAACUCGAGUCUCUUGCGGUUGAUGGUGGCCUGUCAAACUCUGACCUCUGCAUGCAAACGCAGGCCGAUAUCACGGGCAUCCCGGUUGAUCGUCCAGGCAUGAGAGAGACGACAGCCUUGGGUGCAGCCAUUGCUGCUGGGCUGGCAACAGGUGUCUGGAAGGAGUUGAAUGACCUGAAGGAUGUGAAUCAGGCCGGUAGGAAGGUGUUCAAGCCGAAUAUGGAGAGGAAACAAGCAGAGAAGCUGUUCAAGAAGUGGGAGCAAGCUGUUGAGAUGAGCAGAGGGUGGGUUAAUGAGGUUGCCGAUGGUGAGGAGGAGUGAGUGGAAGGAUAUGAUGUUUCAAAAGGUGUUAUUGCAGGAGUUGGGGUUCGGAGGUCUCGUUGUUUCUUUCAAUUUGGGCGGCAUUCUGGGUUGGUGAAUCUAAGCGGCACGGCAUCAUGGUUUGUUUGGGUUUGGGUCGAUGUUUUCGACUCGAAAUGGAAUGGAAAGGGAGAGAAAGGGAUAUACUGAUCACGAUUGUGUGGAUACCCUUUGGCUUGGUGUGUAUUUUUAUGCGGUGGGGAGGUGGCUUGUACGUACAUAACCUUGCGGGAGUGGUGGGUUUGAAGGGAACUGGGUGUUUGGGAGAUAGUUCCAACGAAGAGUACUGCUUCGAUAAAUCAACUUUGGGGUUCGAUGCCUGAUGCUUAUCAGUGAGAGGGGUUGUCUCCUCCCAGCCGUCAAAACCUUAAGCCUUCCAAGG